AAGGCAGUUUAGCGGUGCGGUUUGCUUCUGUCGGAGGUACACACAAGCUGGCAGUUUCUAGAUACCCGACUUCUGGUGUGGGCAAUAGGCGUGCGGCUGCAUUGAGCCGUGUAUUUGGGUGCCAGCCUAUAUCCCAGCUAGACCACAGUACUUGUGGUCUAUUUUUCACGCAGGUAAAACCCACGUUGCGCCACAAAUUCCUGCUUGCCCUGAAGAAGCUAAUCAGAAGCAAUUUUGAAAUAAACCUUUUUUUUUAAAUUUGAUGUUUUAUUAAGUUGGGUUAUUUUGACCCAUCUCACAGCCCCGAGGGGGAGGGGGCGAUUCUGCCCCCGCGAACUCGGCUGGGCCACACCCUAUUUGCUCGAAACUUUGCCAUGCGUAUGUGUGCACUCCUUAUCCUUACAAAUGUGAAGCUUGAACUCAAUCGGAUCGAAUGAAUGGUUUCGUUGUUUGUUAAGGUCCUUUGAAGUUCAAGGCUACAUAUGUGUCAAUGCGCGUGCAUUAAGCAUUGAGUGGAAAAAGUGUACAUUUUUGACGGACCCUUCUCGGAAACAUGCCCCCUGCGCCAAAUGUCCAAUUUUUGUAAAAUAUGGUACAACUGGUGUCAAAGUGACCACCAAGAGUUACUCUACAAACUCUUAAAGGCUCAACCUCUGAAAGAAAUACCCUUGCGGCGAUAUCAGAAUUCAAUGUCAAGACGGGUGGAUCCCCCCCCCCGGGCUCCUUUAGGGUUAAUCUGCUAAUUUGUUACCACCAUACGAUGAGUGCCAGGUUCCGAGUGUAGGCUUGAUAUUGGAGGUGUGCCCGCAAAAAGUGAAAUAUUAAUUGAAUGGAUUGUCUGGAUUGCGUUGUCGAUCGCUGUGUCGAACUUUAUUGUCUGCAUAUGACGAGCCGAUCGAGAUCGAUGGUUAAAGUUCAAUCGAGUUGAAGGGUUCAACUAUGGAAACUUUCACCUGUGUAGUUUAAUAACCUACGCCCGUGCAUGAGGGCGACAAUGCUUUCCGUAAGACCCCUUGAUUGUGACCCGGUGACGUCGUCGCCUGCCUGUAUGUAUAAGUAUUAAAUUUCCGUGGGGCUUACCAGUUGAAGCAGCCACUCCUUGUUUUUGUUGUUCUCGAGUCCUUUGUCCGUCUGAGUUUCUGUUGACUGACAAAGGCUUCAGCAAGUGAUUCGAGAGGUCUCACGAAUUACUAGGCACUCCUUGUCAAAGGACAGAGGACAGAAAGGUGUCUUGCUUGUGUCCGAAUCACUUCUGUUGGAUAAAUUCCGGCCUCAAAGGCGCCAAAAGGGAUGGACAGUCAGACCUCGCUCUCUCCGCCGCCAUAUGAACAGGAGGUCGGCCAGCCCGCCAAGGUGGUCCAUCCCGUGGCGGGAUUCCAACCCCAGCCGCUCUGUGCCGACCAGCACGCCAAGCACGACUACUACCCAGCCCAAGAACUCGGCUACGUGUCUGGAGACGUCGACUCUACACCUCAAGGUGUAGGACCUUUUCCAGGCGCCUACGCAGGUGCACCUGAAAGCCAUGGAGUGGCCUUCGCUCAGCAAACGAAAAGCAACAUCUAAGUUACCAACACCCGUGUCGAUCCUGGUGAGGGGAACACGGAAAUCAAACUGUACCGAGUGCGUGUGCACGUACUUUGGCCGGCUCGUUUGCUAUUCCAUUUUCGGCUGGCCGGUGCAGUGCGUUGCUGCUAGCGCGACCAAUACGCUCUCCGUACCAUAUCUCGAGACAUCACGGAUGGGUUACUGAACACGGGGAGUAGACUCGCCCGAAAGCGUCGAUAAACGUCAAAAAUCAAAGGGAUCUACAUGUAAAUAGUUGCGAUGGCAAGCGAAAACGAGGACCCUGCCCCGGUGGAGCCCCUCCCAGCGGGAGAUAAGCCGCUUCAGUACAGCUGCGUGGCCGAGACACCGAGCGUCGAUGGUAAAUACCCGGGAGGGAUCGAAACACCGCAGACCCAGGCGGUCACCUACGUCCCCCCGCCGAGUGGCAUCCACCCUCAGGCGACUCAGCCGGGGGUCGCUUUUGUGCCGCAAGGGGUCACCUACGUACCUGAGAUGGGGUCCUACGCCCCCAUGGGAGGGGCGUUUGCUCCCCAGACUGGCAUCCCCCCGUUGCAGUUCACACAGAAUGCGACCCCGGCUACCCACGUGAUGAUCCCCCGGGCUGCUGUCGAGCCCUGCCCGCCGGACAACAUGAUCUUGGCGAUCAUCGUCACCGUCUUCUUCUGCUUAAUCCUCGGAAUCUUUGCCAUCAUGAAAUCCUUGGACGUCAAAAAGCUCUGGGCCGUCGGAGACGUGACGGGAGCCAGACGAGCUGCGCAGGCAUCGAAGAGGCUUUCCGUGCUCGGUCUGGUCAUCGGUGUCUUGGCGGAGGUGACAAUCGUCAUACUCGUUGUCGUCGCGUUUGCCAUCUGGAUCUGAAGAGAAGGACGCCUUCAGUUGCCCCCUUCCAACAACCUCCCCCAUUCUGCUGGCUUGGAAUUUUACUCAGUGAAGCAAUACUGUAGAUAGACUUGCGAAAACUAGCCAUCUACCAUCUCUAACUGCAAAAGAGUGAAAAACUCGAAAUGGAGUCGUCCUUAAUAUGUGAUUUUCACUUUUCUUCGAGUGGUUUUUCACUCGUUUGGAGAGAUUUCCACUCGUUUGGAUAAUGGGAUUCUUGAGGGAGUCACUCUUUUUUAAGAGUGUGUUUUUCACUCUUUUGACCUUUAGAGAGUAUAGACAUAAAACAGGCCGAUCGCGAUGUACGUAGUACAGGGAAAGAUAAAGUCACACGUGAACGGUUGUAUCAUCUGUUUAAUGUUCAGAUGCGUGCACUAGUUUUCUCUGCUUCAGCUAAUUAAAAAAAACACAUGCUUAUUGAAACAGCUUACAAGAAGCUCUUGUUUGGGGAGCAUUUGUCUUGCAGUGAAAUCAAUGAUAUAAUGCGAUCAAAAUAUAAUGAUAAAAUACUUUUCAAAUAGUUUCGUACUGUUGAGCGCUUUGCGAGUAUAUGAUGCAAGUGAAAAAGUACUCGAUUCGGAAAGGAACAUUCAAGCUAAUUAAUUUCAUUUCUUUGUGUCCAGAUUUCUUUUUUUUUUCAGUUAUCCAACGUUCCACUAACAAAGUGUAGUGUUAAUGUGUGUCUUAAGGAUUCUAAAGAAUCCAUCUCUGGAGUGUCAAUCUAGAGUCUUCUUGACUGGACAAAAAAAAAGUCAUUUUGACUGUACACUAGUGCGUAAUUUUAUCGCGACGAAACAAAAGACACGUAGUCGUGGAAGUGAUGCUGUUAGAAAGAAGACAUUCGAAGAUAGAGAGAGGAGAGAAAUACCAUAAUCGCAAUGCCAAAUAAAAAUUUUUGGGUUUUUGUUUUGUUGUGGUUUGGA